AUGAUGCUCAACUUUUUCCUCCGCUCUCUGUUUCCAGUUGCUGCCCUUCUAACGGCUUUAAAAGCUGCUGAGAGCCAGAAACAUCCAGGUGACUCUGGGAUCUUCUCCAUUCCAUCUCCAGUUUAUCCCGUCAUCAACUUCCAGGUCCUCAAUGCGGAUCAUGUCUUCCUCAGACAGGAGGGUGCAGAGCUGUCUGGAAACUCCACUCUAAAAGCACAAACUCAGACUUUUCUCAUCACCAGCCCGCAAGCCAAAGCCCUCCAACCAUCCAUCAAGGCUUCUUACGGCCCUCUUGCCGUAGAUGCUUCCAUCCCCACGGAGCUGCUCCUGAGCGGACGCAGGAUCAUUCCUGUCAUUUUGGCCCGCCAGGUUCGUUCCUCAUCCCCUCUUGUCAAGAUUCUCUUCCACAUGCCCUCAGAGAGCAAUAUCUCUAUUGGGGAGGGAGCAGCGGGCUCCAAAGGAGAGGAUGAGAUGAAAAACGCUGGGGCCAGCGUCAAGGAGAGAGCCCACUGUGUGACAGCCUACGCCUUCUGGGAGACGAGGGAAGUCCGUGGGGCUUGCUUGCUAUCUCCAGGUGGAUUCUGCGUGGCGCAGCUGAAGCUGGAGCCCUCCUGGUUCAGCUCAGCCAGCAGGUCUGGAAGCUCCAGCAGGGAAGCAGGACGAGCUGAAGGAAUCAAGGGACUUCAGGAGACUCUGGUUGAAGUCUACUUUCAGAGCAGAAGAGACCCAACGGGUCAGUGCGCGCCCCAGGACAGCCUACAGCGGGUCGGAGUGGGAAGAAGCAGAGACUCUGGGGGGUCGGGGACGCCCAUGAGGCGGAUUGGAAGCGUCACUCUUCUCAAAGCUCCAGCGGGAAACCCCACUUUUCUCCGACUGAGGCUGGGAGGUUCUGUUGUGAUCCAAACAACUUCUAAGCCUCUGAAAGCCACAGAUGUGGCAACUUUCUACAUUUUCUUGGCCAGUACAUCUACGCUGGAAAACUUUACACUCAGGGCGGCGGUAAAAAGCGGGCUGUCCUUCAGUGCAGCUCGGCCCAGCGACCCGUCGCUGUGGGACAUCGUGGUGGAGCCAGGAAGAGGAGCCACCCCCAACAACGUCUCUGUUGUUUGUCACAGGAAGGCAUCAGUCACUGCAAAAAGGGGUCUCCUGGAGGUUUUACAGCUGGACUUUGCACCAAAGGAUAUUUCAGAGCAGGCGGAGACUCAGAGCAUCUCUUGGCGCUUGGAGUUGCCAGGAAAUGUCAAAGAUGUCGGCAUCAUGAGGAUCUACACCACCCAGAGAGAUUACAUGGGACUGGCCCCCUUGGUGAUGGUGAGAUGCAAACAUUUACUAUCAUUUUGUAUUGUUUUAUCUAAUUUACCAUUGAUUUUGUUCAUAAUCAUGGUUUUUAAUAGAUUCCUACUUUGCAGGCUGGAUUAA